CAAAGUUAUGUCUUACUCCAGAGUUUAAUAGAUGACACAUGAUGACAUGACACCAGGAGCAGCAUGAAGUCACACUCCUGAUGACACAUACAGGCUUGAAUUCCUGCCAUAAUAAAGGAAAUCAGAAGAUCACCCAAAAUAUCGUAACACCAACGAUGUGCAUUUUGUUCUUGUACUACCUCCCACAUGGAAGCUACUAUCGAUUAAUUGUAGCCAACAAUAGAGAUGAAGUGUUUGAACGUCCUACUGAGCCAGCAACUUUUUGGAAGGAUCACUCUGACGUAUUGGCAGGCCGUGAUCUUAAAGUGAACAAUGGUGGAACGUGGUUUGGAAUCACCGUAGGUGGCCGAUUCUCAACUGUUACAAACUUUGUUACUCCUCCUAGCGGGCUAAUCUCCAAACCAAAGUCCAAAGGCCACUUAGUUAUUAUUGCAAGCAAGUCGUAUCGUGAUGGGCACCAUCUGAAUGGUUUUUCUCUCUUGACAGCUGAUCUAAGUGCUGAGAAUAAGGAUACAAGUCUAGCAUACACAUGCAACUAUGAUACUGAUGGUGCUAGAGUAUUGGAUCCUGGUGUGUACGGCCUAGGCAACUCUCUACUCGACAAUCCAUGGCACAAAGUCAAGCAAGGAAUGGAAAAAUUCUCUAAUAUAGUCAAAUCUCCUGAUUCAACACUGACUGAUCAGCUCUUCAACCUGCUUUCAGACUGUACCAAAUGGCCAGAUCCAAAUAUUCCCAAUAUCGGAUGUAACGAAGAAUACAAUAAUAAUGUAUCUGCAAUAUUCAUGAAACCAAGUCGUGAUCAGAAAGGACGAUUAUGUGGCACAAGGUCUCAAACUGUAUUACUGGUCAGUGGUGAUGGUGAUGUGACAUACACAGAGAGAUCACUUCAACCUAGUACUGCUCAGUGGACGACAGUGUCUCAUACAGUUACCCUUAAAAUUUGAGAAGUGCAUGCAUGGCACUUAACUAGACGUGUAUCGUGUUAUUACUCACGUACUUUCUUGAUUUAUGUGUGCACUCUACUCUUCUACUUUUUUGUGUGUGUCAAAGCCCUCAA